AUGCAGUGGAAGACUCUCGCCCUGGCACUUCUCGUGGAGUAUGCCUUCGGCCAAGGGAGGAUGCCGAUGAUGCGUUUCCAGUGCUCGCAGCUCGUCGUGGACCGUUUAGACCCUCUGGUCAAUCCCGGCUCUGUACCAUCACCACAUCUCCACCAAAUCGUCGGAGGUAAUUCUUUUAACGCUUCCAUGGACCCGGCGAAACACGAUCUCCCCACAGCCUCCACGUGUACCACUUGCACGUUCUCAGAAGAUUUUUCCAACUACUGGACCGCGGUUCUAUAUUUUCGAGCCCGUAACGGAACAUUCAAGCGCGUGCCUCAAAUCCCGAGCGAGGGUCUCAAAGGCAGUGGCGGCAUUACAGUGUACUAUAUUGCACCGACCAAUAAACAAUCAAAUGUCACCGCCUUCAAGCCUGGCUUCCGCAUGCUGGUUGGAGACGCCUUAGCAAAAUCUCCAGGCGCGGCACGCAAGGUGUGCCAUCGUUGUAUGCCAGCAUCAGGAGAUAAGAGUAAUAUCAAUUGCGGAUCUCCGGACGCCCAGACUCUUCCCAAGGAAAUGUGUGCCGGCGGCAUACGUUCGGUCAUUACCUUCCCCACCUGUUGGGAUGGCAAAAACUUGGAUAGUCCUGACCACGAGAGCCACAUCACCUAUGCAACAGGAUCAAAAGCCAACGAUGUAGGUCCAACGGGUAAUUGCCCAACGACCCAUCCCGUUGUCAUACCUCAAGUGAUGUAUGAAGUCAUGUGGGACACCCGACCUUUCAAUAGCAAGGACUUGUGGCCCGUAGAUGGCUCUCAGCCAUUCGUAUGGAGCACUGGAGAUCGAAAUGGAUACUCGCAGCACGGGGAUUACGUCUUCGGCUGGAAAGAUGAUACUCUCCAACGUGCCAUGAACGCCCGUUGCGAUGGCGACACCUGUAAGGAACUAAAGAUUCAAACCGCGGAGGAGGCAAUGAAGUGUACUAAGACGCGGGUUGUCAAAGAGGACAUCGACGGCUGGCUCACUACUCUCCCGGGCAAUACCAUGUUAUUUUAG